UUUGCUCCUCUCACUCGUGUCCGCGCCUCUAAACCCGCACCCCGUGCGCCCCAACACGCAGGCGCAUCUCCUCAAAUGCUGGCCCUACCACACUCCUCUUUCUCUCCAUUUCGCUACCCCUCCUCUUCUAGCACCCAGCAGGUUCAAACUGUUCUACGUGAGGGCGGCGAUUGAGAGGGUCACGUGAUGAGCAUCCUGCUGCCCAACAUGGCGGAGUUCGACACCAUCUCGGAACUGGAGGAGGCGGAGGAGGAGGAAGAGGAGGAAGAAGCGGCAACGUCGUCGUCGUCUCCGUCGUCGUCGGUAUCGGGGCCGGAGGACGACGAGGAAGAUGAAGACGAGGAAGAGGACGAGGAGGAUGUGCCGCCCCCGCCUCGCGUAGUGAGCGAGGAGCAUCUCCGGCGAUGCGCCCCCGACCCUGUAUUGGUACGAGGCGCCGGCCACAUCACCGUGUUUGGCUUGAGCAACAAGUUUGAUACUGAAUUUCCCUCAGUUCUAACAGGGAAGGUGGCCCCGGAAGAAUUUAAGACCAGCAUUGGCCGUGUGAAUGCAUGCUUGAAAAAGGCUCUCCCAGUCAAUGUGAAAUGGCUGCUGUGUGGUUGUCUCUGCUGCUGUUGCACACUGGGCUGCAGCCUGUGGCCUGUUAUUUGUCUUAACAAAAGAACCAGAAGAUCAGUUCAGAAGUUAUUAGAAUGGGAAAAUAACAGAUUAUAUCACAAGCUUGCUUUGCACUGGAAGUUGACUAAAAGGAAAUGUGAAACUAGCAAUAUGAUGGAAUAUGUAAUACUAAUAGAAUUCCUACCAAAAUAUCCCAUAUUCCGACCUGACUGAGGAAUUUUAUUCAGUCAUUUCUGUGUUACCUGUCAUUUCCUACCCUUAGUGCCUUGUAGAUGAUUUUGGAAUGAAGAUGGUCUCCUUUGCUGUGUUCAACUUAUUCUUUAUAAUGGUAGAGUAUUCUGCUCACACUUUUAUUUGUGUUGGUUUAAGAAGAAAAUUUGCACAUUUUUUUUUGUUAGGUGAGGUUUGUGUUUUGCACUCUCAAUUUUUAAAUAAAUACACACACAUACAUAUAUAUAUACACAUAUGUGUGUGUGUGUGUAUAUAUAUAGUUGCCGUUAAAGAUAAAACAUCAGUGCUGGUGUUUAAAAAACAAAAACUUGUUCUGAGCAUGCUGCCUUAUAAUUUUCAUACUCAGUGUUUCUAAAUAUGCAUCAUUUUUCUAGGCUUCUUUAAUGCUCUGCAAUCCCCUAUUGGACACACAUGAAUAAGCUUUUGGUAGCUUUUAGAAAUGAUUUUACCUUUACCUGCUUUUAAAGGACAUGCAAUUAAUAGCAAUGGUUUUGUCCUGCACUUUGCUAAAUUAUCACUUAUGUUAGUGGAUAAAAUAUUUAAACUCCUAAAGACUUGUAAAUAUUGUCUCUUUGCGUAAUGUAAAAUGUGAUAUGCCAUGGUUUACAGAAUGUAAUAUUACUCUUGCUGUAUUGCCAACAAUUCUGCAUAGAUUUUAAUAUGAAUGAAGUUUGCAAGCAUCCUUUUCAAUAUAGACUGUUAACAUGCUGUUUUAUGGCAAAGCCGUAAUAAGUAUGUUAAAAAUUUCAGGUGUAGGGCCAGGUUGCCCUUUGUAAUGAUUUGAUUGAAAUCGAAAUUAUCGUCUGAGAUAUUCUUCAAUGCACCUGAAACCCAGAACCUUAUUUUUUCCAUUUAAUUCAGUAAUUCCCAUUUCGUACCCCACUCUUACCCCCAAAGGAAUUCAUUUGACAUCUGACACAUUUCACAACCUCGCUAUCUUCGUUUACUUCCCUUCAUGUUUCCUUUUCCUCAUUCGAAAAUACACACAGUUAUGACCUGUAAGGAGUGUUUCAAGAUUUCAAAUGACUUGGUUGGUGUCAAGAAAGCCACUGCUAACAACACCUUUCUGGAGUUGUGAUACUCUACUUUGGGAAAGAGGGAAAGCUAAUUGAAAAUAUGUAGUGGCUGAAUUAUAACCGAUUCAAUAUUCUUAAUCUUAUUUUUGAAGAUCUCUUUUUAAACAUUUGGCUGUUAUUAAUGAGGAAAGACAAGUAUUUAAACCAAAGUAUUUUAGUUUAUAAAUUCACGACAAAUGUAGCCUUUUCAUUUUUCCUUCAUAAUUCAAAUGAGAGCAUCACACUGUAAUUGUUCUAGAAUUUGAAUUAGCAUAAUCAAAGCUUCGUAUUGUGUUAAUUCAACCACAAAUGUAUGCCUGUAUAUAGGCAUUAUUUGUAAUUCCUAGUGCUAAAUAUAGAAGUAUCUGGGACCGAAUAAUAUUUUAUUUAUCAUCUUACUCUUACUGCUUUCAGUAAACUUUUUUAGGCAAACAUUCAUCCCAGUGGAGAGAACAAUCAUUUCUUCAUCCAAGGUUAAGCCUUUUAAGCCGCUUUUCAAUUUUAUGCCUAAUUUGAAAUCCAGUAAAAGAAGAGGGAAAAAAGAGACACUACUUGAUAUGUGACUAUAAUAUAGUCACUUCCCUCUGUAGAGCAGCGCCAUUGUCCUCAGCCACCCAGCCACCCAGCAUCUCUUAACUUUUCAUAUAUUGUCUGUCUGUUGUACAAUCGAAGGUGUAUUUUUAUAGACAAGGUGGAAACUGCUGAAUAUGCAUACCAAACUUCUUGUUUCAUAGCUAAGGUCACGGAAAAUUGUAUCUGUGGUUUAUGUUCCGGCUAAUAACAGGUUGAUGCUUCAAACUGUGAUAGUUUAAUACCAAAACUUGUUUGUAGAAUAGUACAAAAUUUCUGAUUAUCACUGACAGAAUAAUUAUUUUUAAGUGUCUACCCAUAAAAUCUCAUUUUUAAUAAACUUAGAAUUUAGCCAUGCGGUGGUCAUAGUAACCUUUUUUUUUACCAUGUAUAAAUCACACUUGGCUUUGCUCAAAGAACAGCAGAAAGUGGUGAAUCGUUUCCAUGAUAUAAAUAUUGAGAUAGGAACAGAGUGCAUCUGGACACAGAGUAGAAUUCAAGCUACAGAGUAUUUGUUAUAAAAACCAUUUGCCAGCAUGUGUAAACUUAAUUUUAAAACUUACUCUAAUUGCUCUUAAAUUUAUUAUUUUAUUGAUCAUUAGGCUGGUUGACUCAUUUUAUUUUCUUGAAAUACUCAGAAAAUACUGUUUGUUUUUUUCUUUCUUGUAUGACUGGUUUUUUUUUCUAACUAUUUUCUUUCAGACUGGGCUGGUUAGCAUUUGGGUAUUUGGGAGUGCUUUGGGAGGGACUGUUAUCUUUUCUAUGAAAUUGGCAACAGUCGAAGCUAAAAUGACAGAGCACACUGUGGUCGUUAAUUUCUCCCCCAUUGACUUUUUUCUCUUUAAUCCUCAAGAUAGAAUAUACUUGGAUAUUUUUCAUGAAGUUAGUAAAAUAUUUUUGUGGAAGUUGUUUUUGGGUUGAAGAAAGUAAUUUUGAAAUUCUUUGUUGCACAAUAUUCCUUUAUGAAAACUGCUGUGGUUCUUUCCAGAGAAAAUAACAUUUAUUUUCCAAAGUAUAUAAAUCUCACAAAGCUUUGAGGUUACAAGUUAAAACUGGUCUUUCUCUAACUUCCCCUUAUACAUCUCCACCCCUGUUACCCCUUGAAACACCCAAAUUGUAUAAAAUGAAAUCAGCUCAGACCUUUUUCAGCUACUCUUUGUUCCCUUCUACCCCUUUUGUUAAUUUAGGAAAGAGACCCUUAUAGUCAAAUGUUAAAAGAUGAUGGAGAAGUGCCUUGUCUUUUUUGAACAAAGAUAACAUUUAAUGUUUAAGGAAGCAGAAUGGAUGAAUUGGUAGGCAUUAGACUUAAAACCAUCUUUUUCAACUAAGUAUAAGAAUAUUUCACUAACACAUUAUAUUUCUUUUAUUUAUUUAAAGUCAUCUUCCUUAUUUUUCCCCAAUCACGUGAUAUAUUAGUGACAAAAUAUCGCAAGACUACUAGUCACUUAAAUAACUAGUAUAAUCUGAAUGCUAGUAAACAUGUAAUUUAACAUGGUUCUGGUACAACAAUGGUCUUUGACCCACCAAAAUCCACUUAAGUAUUUAAUGGACAUACUAUUCGUAUUAUUAUGACCUAUAAACACUAAUGUCUGAUCAGUUCAUCAAACUGUAUUAUUAUUUAGUACUAUACCAUUUUAAUGAAAUUUCCUUUUUUUUAAUAAUCGAGCGGAGUUCCAUAACAUUUGUAAGCCUUUGAACAAAUAGUAUUUUUUCAAAUGUAUGAGAACUUUAAAAAACCAUUAGCAUUUUGAUUUUGUUUACAAGUAAACUGAUACUUAACAAAAAUCAAACCUCACUACUUGAACAGUAUUUCAUUAGAAUUGGCUUUGACCCAGGAGGAUAUGGAAAUUAUAUACAUCUGUUUAUAUUGGAGCAGUUUUACAUAGUGGAAAAAGUUGGUAAUUUGAUUUUAUGAGACUCAAAUUCAUCGAAAUAGGUCCUGUUAUGCCUAUAAAAUUCUGCUUUAAAAAUAAUCCAUUUUGCAACAAUUGUCAAGUUGUUCAGGUUCCUUUAAAUGGUGAACUAUAAGGAAAUUUCCCACAGAAAAUGAAUAGGGUUUAUUAAAAUUACUUGUACAUGUAGUGUGUUGAACUAAAAAUAAGGAUGGAGACUGAUGAUGAUGAAUAGAUGAUGAGAUAGAUAGAUAGAUGGAUGGAUGAUAAUCCUUAUCUUGCCCCAAAUUUCUCUUUCCUGAUUCUGAGCCAGCCUCUUCGUUUUGAUCAUGGCAACCUGAGAAAAUGUUCUAUGAGAAAGUGAUGUAACAUGGGCUCUGAGCAAUUCACUUAAAUUACAUGUCAGUCUUUAUCUGUAAAAUCAUAAAUUGAACCUAGAGCUGUACAGAAAAUUAGAGAUUACUUAACAUUCUGUGAUUCCAGGAAUCCUUAGGAAAUUUUUACUCUACAAAAUCUCAGAAUGAUUUUUCUAGGAUCGAAUACCCUUGGUGGAAACACUCGCAGUGCCUUGAACACAGGAAAAGUUUAAGUUACCAGCUGGCUCCUAGUUGAUGUGUAUUCAUUAUCACAGAGACUCAAAGACCUGAUACCUGCUAGACCUCGGCCUUAUGUAGUACAUGAGAAUGAAUGUAGUUUCCCUAGGAACUGAGGACUGAGGUCUGUACACUUUGCCUAUGUGGAAUCUGACUAUGCAGUUCGUAUCCAGACAAGAAUGAUAGCUGUGACAACAAUGGAGACGCGGGCGGACUCACUUUGACAUUGAUGCAAAAAGAGUUUCAUAUCCUAUCCAAUAUCUGUUUCAGUGACUUAUUAAGUUCCAUAUCCUCAAAAAAACCUGAUGGAACAAAUUGAUAAUAUUAGAUGGAAAGGAAAGUGCUAUGGAAUUCAAACCCAAGUCAUUUCUGGUUGGUUCAAUUCUUAGCUCUGUUCCUUAAUUCCUCUGUACCUCAUGUUCUCAUUAUGCAAGUGAGGACAGUAAUCUGGACCUACCUCACAGGGGAAUUGAGGAUCUUUUCAUAUAUUAACAUGCCUUUUGAAGUUGACUGAAAGAUACACUGGAUAUCAUAAUUUUGUAAUUUCUAAAUUCCUUUAAAUCUAUGUUUUGUUAUGUUUUCUUUCUCUGUCAAACCUUACAGAAUGGGUGUUGCGGUUAAUUUACUAUUUGGUAGUAAAUUUUGUUAUCUAUCUCCUAUGUGUUAACAUGGGUAAUUGUGUUAUGUUGAUAUUUCAUUUAGGGAGAAAAAAGCAGGUGGAUAUAAACCAGCAGUGAGGGCAUCCUUGAACCUUUCUCAGUAUUUCAAAAAGUAUACUAAAAAUGAUGCAUUUACCUGUAAUAUUUCUGCCGCACAGGCCAACUGUGACAUUGAAUUUCCGCACAUUUUGCUUAAAAUUUUUUUCAGUUCUAACACUGGUUAUCACAUAUUGAUCAGAAGUUGUAAAUGGAAGUUAUGCUUUUGACUGAUUUAAAAAAUGAGAAAGCCUUUUAUUACAUGCAAUUUAGUAAACAAAAUACUUGAAAACAUGGGGAAAGAACAUAAAGCGAUCCUUCUGGUAAAGUGUUAGGAGCCACUUUUAUAAAGGAACUAAGAUUAUUUGACCCUCUCCACAGGUUGUCUACCCAGUCCCUAAAUAAUGAAAUGCUAGAUUAUGUGUGUUCAUGUGUUUUGCUAGAUUGAACUAUAUAAAUUCAGGUUGGGAUUUGCUUUCAGUUAUUUUUUUCUGUUUCAGAACUAUAUAACUGAGCUAGUUUAUUUGAGUGUGUAUAUGUAAAACAUACAUACACACAUAGGAUUGCAAAUGUGGAAAGUAUUAUGUUCUAGCAUUGGAGUAAAUAUGAGUUUCUGAGUCUCAAAGUAGUUCUUUGUAUAAACUCAACGUGAUGAGUCAAGGCAAUAAUUUCUCAAAUGUUCCUUUUAUUCUUGUUUAUUUUGUUUCCAUUUAUCUUGGCUUCAUUUUCUUAAUUUUCCAUUUUUCUAGUAGGCAAAUAGUAUAAAAUUGUUUUAAUGCCUAGACUUUGAAAAUAGUUACAAAUGUUUGAAAUUAUAUAACCUACAAGCUAGUUCACCAUCCUUGGACUAACCACAUAUAAAUAUGAGUCUCAGCUGCAAAAACAGAAAAUCCUGGUAGCCAAGAAGCAGGCAUUGUGAUCAAAAUAUCUGUGUGAAAAACCUACAAUUUCUACUUUUCGGCAAAGGAUUCCUGUUGGGACAGGUUUACCAGAAAAGAAUAAAGGUGGCUAUGUCCAUUCAAACCAAGAACGUUCAUGCAUCUUGUAUUGUUACAUAGCCUAUGGAAUGAAUUCAUGUUUCUCCCUUGAGUUCUGGAGCGCCCCCCUGGAAGAACUCAGCCUACAUAACAGCUGUGCCAAAAUGGAGACCUGCCUCUGAAAUGUUCACUGCUGCUUCUGUCGUUGUUGACUUGUCAGAUGUAAAAUUUUAUUACCUCAGGAUGCAAAAUUACAAUAAAGUGCAAAUCUGUGUUAAUCAAUUGAA